AACGCCACACGCGGCAGACGCAGCGCAGGCACCGCUACCCCGCUGGUUAACGAUAGUCCUCCUGGCUCGUGCCUUCCCCUGCGACGACAGCGCGGCCAUGGAGGAGCAAGCCCCCCUGGUUCCCCGCUUCAAGCUCGGCACCCAGGGACUGGAGGUGUCGAAGCUGGGGUUCGGGUGCUUGGGCCUCGCGGGCGCGUACGGCCCCCCUCUCGACGAUGACGUCGGCGUCGCCGUCAUCGCGCACGCCUUCGGCCGCGGGGUCACCUUCUUCGACACCUCCGACGUCUACGGACCCCUCACCAACGAGACCCUCCUCGGCAAGGCGCUGAAGCAGCUGCCGCGGGAGCGGGUGCAGGUGGCCACCAAGUUCGGGGUACGGCGGGACGCGGCCGGCGUGCCCAUCGUGUGCGGCCGGCCGGAGUACGUGCGCGCUUGCUGCGAGGCCAGCCUGCGCCGCCUCGGCGUCGACUACAUCGACCUCUACUACCAGCACCGCGUCGACACCACCAUCCCCAUCGAGGACACAAUUGGUGAGCUCAAGAAACUGGUGGAGGAGGGGAAGGUGAAAUACAUCGGGUUGUCGGAGGCGAGCCCCGACACGAUCAGGCGCGCGCACGCCGUGCACCCCAUCGCCGCGGUGCAGAUGGAGUGGUCUCUCUGGUCUCGGGACAUCGAGCCCGAGAUUGUGCCGCUCUGCAGAGAACUGGGCAUUGGAGUUGUUGCUUACAGUCCGAUUGGCCGUGGGUUUUUUGGCGGAAGAGGAGUCACAGAACAAGUUUCUGCUGAAUCUACUCUGCAACGGCAGCCAAGGUUUUCGGCAGAAAAUUUGGAGAAAAACAAGCAGAUUUAUCUGAAAAUGGAAGGCCUGGCCAAGAAGCACCAGUGCAGCCCUGCUCAGCUAGCUUUAGCUUGGGUUCUGCAUCAAGGGGAUGAUGUGAUUCCUAUACCAGGGACAACCAAGAUCAAGAACCUAGAUGCCAACAUUGAUUCCUUCAAGGUGAAGCUGACAGAUGAUGACCUGAAAGAAAUCACCAGCCAGAUACACGAAGAAGAUGUGGCCGGUGAAAGACAGAACACUUUUUUUGCAAAUACUAAUUGGAACUAUGCAGAUACACCAAGGAAAUAGACAUGUGAAGACGUUCUAGCAACAGCAAUGCUAUGCCGCUAUGUACAGUUGUGCUAAAUCAUUUGGACGAUGUAUCUUGAGAAUAUUGUUCUAAAUAAUCUAAGAUGAGGAAUAUUAA